CUUUCCAGAGCCGACAGUCCAGAGAGCUGUAAAAACAGGAGGUUUUAUCCUCUCUGCUCCUCUGUCCCCCUCCUCAGCAGACCGAUGGCUUCUUCUCCAACUUUGCAGAAUGACAGCGGCCACUGAGGGGAACCCUGCAUUUAAAAAAAUAUUGAUCUGGAUGGCAAAGAGGUGUGCACAAAGAAAUGGAGUUCUAGUUAGUCUGAGAGAGAAAAGCAACUACAAAGCAUUGAUGAGACAUUUGAUGGAACCACUCCAGGUUAUGUCAACACAGCCUGAGGAGGACAAAUUGAUCUGAGAGUGUGGGAAGUUGUUUGUUGACCUGUUAGCUGCUGUUGGAGAGAUGUCAUGUUGACAAUGCUGAUCAUUUGCACUUUGGCUCUUUUCCAAAGUUUCAGAAGCAUCACUGCCCUGAUAGACUCUGACGAUGUCAUCACACGAGAUGAGCAGAUUUACGUUCUGACCGGGGCUCAGGCCAGGUGUGAAAGGAGCAUCCAGACACAAACGGCCAUCAUUAAAGAAGGCGACUGCGUCCCAGAGUGGGAUGGCAUCAUCUGCUGGCCUCAGAGCCGGGCGGGUCAGCUGGUGUCGGUUCCUUGUCCAGAGUACAUCUACGACUUCAAUCACAGAGGGCGAGCCUACCGCCAGUGUGAUGUCACAGGAAACUGGGAGCUGGUAACCAGUAACAACCACACGUGGGCAAAUUACACAGAGUGCACCAGAUACCUGACCUCCAACCACAGAAGCCUCCAGGAGAAGGUGUUCAAGCGGCUCCAUCUCAUGUACACUGUUGGAUAUUCAAUCUCUUUAUCAUCCCUGUUGGUAGCCGUCUCCAUCCUUUGCUAUUUCAAACGUCUCCACUGUACCCGCAAUUACAUCCACAUUCAUCUCUUCACGUCCUUCAUUUGUCGAGCGGUUAGCAUUUUUGUGAAGGACAGUGUGCUCUACUCCAUAACUGAUGACAGUAAAGCUGAGUUUCCUGCGGAAAGGCAAUACACGGCAGGUUGUAAAGCUGCUGUUACCUUCUUCCUGUACUUCCUGGCAACCAACCAUUACUGGAUUCUGGCUGAGGGAUUGUAUCUCCAUAGCCUCAUCUUCAUGGCUCUCCUGUCCGAUAAGAACUAUCUUUGGGUCCUCACCAUCAUGGGAUGGGGUAUUCCAGCUGUUUUUGUGUCUGUUUGGGUUAGUGCACGAGCCUCGCUGGCAGACACGCAAUGUUGGGACAUCAGUGCCGGAAAUCUAAAGUGGAUCUAUCAAGUUCCCAUUUUGGCAGGCAUUUUUGUCAAUUUUCUUCUUUUCAUUAAUAUUAUUCGGGUGUUGGCCUCAAAACUUUGGGAAACGAACACUGGAAAACUGAACCCUCGACAGCAGUACAGGAAGCUCCUGAGGUCCACUCUAGUGCUCAUGCCGUUGUUUGGAGUCCACUACAUUGUGUUCAUGGCUAUUCCCUACACUGAGGUGAAUGGGCUGCUGUGGCAGGUGCAGAUGCAUUAUGAGAUGUUCUUCAACUCUUCCCAGGGUUUUUUUGUGGCAUUUAUCUACUGUUUCUGCAACGGAGAGGUGCAGGCAGAGGUGAAGAAGGCCUGGUUAAGGCGUAGCUUGACGCUGGACCUCAAACAGAAAGCCAGGAUUACAAGCAGUGGCGGAGGCAGCUGCUACUAUGGCGGUAUGGUGUCUCACGCCACCACCCACAGCGUCUGCUUGCCUGCUGCCAAUCCAAGAGCCUUUGGUGUCACUGGGGGAGCAGGGGGUGUUUCUAGUGGUGGAGAUGGAUCUGUGGUGAGGUCAACACACCACACCUCUCUUACAGCUUUACAUCCGAACUGUUUUCAACCCGGAAACUUAAACCCUCAGGAGGAUCCGGCUUUGUGGAAGCCAGAGCGAUGUAGGUCAGGGGUUUCUGCCAGAAAUGGCAGAGUUAUCAGAGGGAAUGAUGAAUGUAAAAGUCAUGGAGCAGAAGAGCCAGACGUCUCCUUGUCUUUGAAGGAGAUAGAGACACCCAUGUAACUGCUACUGGAGAAAACCUUUAUUCCAGUGAUGCUACUUUGUCUACAAAAACAGGUUUCCGCCUCACUGGAUGUUGGGAACACAGUUUGUGCCGCAUGAACACUACAGAAGCGCAGAAUCGUUUUACUUGCACGGUUAAUGUUUUAGCUCAGCUCUCCAGUUGUUUUAACAGGUUAAAAACGUUUUUAUUUUAAUUUAUGUAACUUGUGCAAAUGUGACUUUUGAGAAAAAUGUGACUAGAUAAAUGCAGGCGAUGCUUGAUGUGAUGCUGCAGAGAAAAUAGUAACGUUUUUGACCACACGCGGGAUUGAAACACCUACUUGUAUUUCUGUCGGGGAAUUUUCCUGGAUUUGCUGGGCACAACCUCACACGGCUGUACUUCUUUUCCAAAAUAAGACAAUGUCAAGUUAUUUGUGAAAGAGAAAAUGCAGCUACUACAGUUGCCUUAACCGACUUUAAGAGUCAGCUGUGUCUAGACACACUGUCUAGACAAAUCUCCCCCUUUGAUGUUGUUCUUGUGGUCUAAAUGGUCCAAUUUAUCAGUUUGACAGGACCUCUGAAGGCUGUUGUACAGAAACUGUUUUCCCCUGACCGAUUUCUUCAUGUAACCUCUGCCCUGAAUGCCCUCACAGCACUGUCCAGAAUUUCACACACUCCCCCUCAAGCUGUGGCUCCACAGGUUCCUGAACUGUUUUUGGAGACCUGGAGCAAGAGUGACAAACCUACAGCACAAGCUGCCUACAUUCACAAGAUAAACAGCCAAAAACUACUCUUGUUAAACCUUUUACAAUGAUUUGAGUGUACAGAAGUGGAGAGGUUUACCAUUUCUCUGUGUAAAGUGUAAAAACACAUGUGAUCAUUUCAAAAGUAAGAUUGUAAAUAAAAUAAGUCAGUUUAUUCUACACCAGA